AAAAAAAAAAAAAAAAUUGAACGGUUUAGAUCUCUCCAAUUUCCCUCCCCUGCAUAUUUUAAGUAUUUGUAAACUGUUUCUUGGCCACACUAUUUCAGUCACUUCAAUUCUCUGCCUUCCGUUGCCGAACGCGACAAGGAGUCCCCAAAAAACACCGCAAAAAAGAUAAAAAAGGAUUAGGAUUUAGGAGGCAAAGAAAGCGAACAAAAUAGAGGAGGAGAAGCACAAGGAAGAGCGCCACAGCUCCGCCACUGUGGUUGUGGUGGCUUUGUUUUCCUAAACGAACCCAAUUUGAGGGAAAACCCAGCAAAGGGGUAAACAUAAACACCCCCCCAGAAAGCCAAACUCGCUGCAUCCGCGGGAGUGCGAGCCUGCAGAUCCGACCUGCAUUUUGCUUCUCAGAUCUUCUACACCAAAUGCACAAAGCAAGAAACGAUUUCCAUGGAACCCAUUUGGUCGAUUACUUAAUUUGUGCACCUUUUCAAGAUUGAUCUGUUGGAUUGACAUUUUGGUAUGUCUUCUCUUUUGUGUAGUACCUCUUUCUCCAGCUAAGCUAGAUUAGGGGCUCAAAGAUGGUGGCACAGGGGUUCGUAGUUGAUCUCAAUAAACCACUUGUCUUCCAGGUUGGUCAUCUGGGUGAGGCAUAUGAUGAAUGGGUUCACCAGCCUAUUGUCAGCAGAGAGGGUCCUAGGUUCUUUGCAAAUGAUGUUAUGGAGGCCUUGACUCGUACAGUUUGGUGGGUAAUUCCGACCAUCUGGAUUCCAGUUGUAUGCUAUUUCGCUGCAAUGUCUGCAAGGCUGGGCCUCGUUAUUCCUGAGGUUGUUUCGUUGUUGUUUUUGGGCGUUUUCCUAUGGACACUAGUUGAAUACACCUUGCAUCGCUUCCUUUUCCACAUUAAGACUACUUCUUACUGGGGAAAUACUGCACACUAUCUCCUUCAUGGCUGCCAUCAUAAGCAUCCCAUGGACGGUUUGCGCCUCGUCUUUCCUCCCGCGGCAACAGCUAUUCUAUUAGUACCAUUCUGGAACUUUGUUAAGCUUCUGUCCACGCCUACGACUGCGCCUGCCCUUUUUGCUGGUGGUUUGCUGGGGUAUGUUAUGUACGACUGCACCCAUUACUACUUGCACCACGGGCAGCCAUCGAAUGAAGUUCCUAAGCAUCUCAAGAAAUAUCACAUGAAUCAUCACUUCAGAAUCCAAGACAAGGGGUAUGGAAUCACUUCUUCCCUGUGGGACAGGGUGUUUGGAACACUUCCUCCAUCGAAAGAAGCCCAAAAGAGUAGAUAAGUUUUGAUAUGGGAACCAGUGCAGUCCUGAGUAGAGAGUCGGGAACACACCAGCUAAUGGGGGAGGAAGGAGAAGGAAAGGGGAAGUAGUGGGUGCUUUCUCUGGAUGAUUUCGAUGCUGUGUAUUUUUCCCGUUGUCCCUAGACCAUAUAAAAUAUCAAUAUUCAUUCUUGUGCUGCCUGUUCAAUUGAUUGGUUUAGUUGGUAGCUUGGCAACUUCAAAAAGAAAUAUGGGUUUGGGGACAACUUUGUAGCCUUUUGGUUUUUGUACCUUUGGUAAGUGGGUUUUGCUUGAGCAUCUCUGAGUUCGAUUCUCUGUAACGAGAGAAACAAAAUAGAAUAGAAAACAACAAAAGACCGUUAUUGUUUGU